AUGAAGAGUGGAAAAAGGCAAAGAAAAGAACGACGACAGCUGAAAGGUGUUUGCAGAAUCCAACAACUUCCCCAUGCUUUAGUUAUGGACAUUCUCUCAAGGCUCUCCUCAGUCAAGAUCCUCUUCAACUGCAGGCGCGUUUGCAAAGAGUGGUUUAACAUAAUUUCUGACCCUCAGUUUGCUCGUCUACAGCUUCCCAGAUCAUCUAUCGGCGUUGCAAUGUUGAUCCAGUCAUAUUCUGACAGAAAACAACAAAGCAAUCUUGAUUUCACCUAUAUAGAAGAAAAGGCUGGUUCUAGUCAACCCUGGUUGGAAAGAAAGAAAUUUGCACCCCUUCCAAUUUCUAAAUAUGCUCUGAUAAACUCAUGCAAUGGCUUGCUUUGUUUGACAGGCAGUAAGGAAGGAGAAUUUUCAUUUUCAUUUUAUGUGUGCAAUCCAAUUUUGGGCCAGUACAUCACCCUUCCUAUUCCUUCACCUACUUUUAAGAAAGCAUGGAACGGGCUCUGCUGUAUGAAUGAUUUUGUUGCACUUGGCUUUAGUGCGUCCGCCAACAAAUACAAGGUGCUGCAAACAGACUAUGGCACCAGAGAGGCCUUUAUAUACAUCCUUAGUACAAGAGUUUGGAAAAGCAUCGGAAAAGCUCCUACAGGCACGUUCUGCCUUUCGUUCAAUGCUCUUCUGCACGAGUCUCUUCAUUGGAUUUCAUAUGGCAAUCCUUAUCCUUAUUGGAGGAUAUAUUCUUUCAACUUUGAAAGAGAAAAGUUUCGGUCACUACCACCACCGUCUAUAGAUGAUCAGAAGAUGGAUAAUUUGUUGAGGUUGGGAGUGUUAGAAAGUUCUCUCCUUUUAUGUGUCUUUCCACGGCAUCGUGUACGAUGUAAUGGGUGGGUUAUGAAGAAUUACGGUGUUCAAGAGUCUUGGACUAAAGCUUUUGUUGUGGAUCGAAAUCCACAAUUUGCCAGGACAGGUGUGUAUGAACCAAUUCUGUUCUUGAGCGAUGGGGAAAUCCUAAUGAAAAGUGAUUGUGGUGUGAUUCGUUAUAACUUAUAA